AUGGUUAUAAUCUGGCUGCUGCUGCUGAGCGCCGCGCAGGAGCCGCGGGCGCCGGCGCUGGCGGCGCCGCGGGCGCGCAGGGACGCGGCGGGGCGCGGCGGCGUCUACGAGCACCUCGGCGGAGCGCCGCGGCGCAGGAAGCUCUACUGUGCCACCAAGUACCACCUCCAGGUGCACCCCAACGGGAAGAUCAACGGCACCCUGGAGAAAAACAGCGUCUUCAGUAUUCUGGAAAUAACUGCUGUCGAUGUCGGAAUUGUUGCCAUCAAGGGCUUGUUCUCAGGCAGAUACCUGGCCAUGAACAAAAGGGGCAGACUUUAUGCAUCGGAAAAUUAUAAUGCAGAGUGUGAGUUUGUGGAAAGGAUCCAUGAGUUGGGUUAUAACACUUACGCAUCCCGCCUGUACCAGACUGUGCCCAACAGAGCCAACACCAAACGCAAGACCAGCGCAGAGAGACUCUGGUAUGUCUCAGUCAAUGGGAAAGGACGACCCAGGCGAGGUUUUAAAACUCGCAGGACACAGAAGUCGUCUCUCUUUCUGCCCAGAGUAUUGGACAACAAAGACCAUGAAACGGUGCGACUUUUUCACACAAAUGUAAAAUAUCAAGAGAGUCUCAUGAAGCCUCUGAGCAAGAACCAGAGAAGAAGGAGAGGGCACUAGGGGUGAUGGAGGAGCUGGUAUGGAGACCAGAAGCAAGCAAGAGUCUACAAAGGACUUCUAAAAAGACUAACAGCUGUGAUUGUAUGACAGGCAUAAACGUGGACAUUUUUUA